CACAGAGACGAGACAAAUGGCUCGCAGCUUUACACUGGGAAAACGAGGACGGUUCUCACUGGAGUCCCCCAAAGUACCGGGUCGUGUGUUCGGAUCACUUCGUUUCUGGUAAAUAUAAGGAACAAAAAUCCACCUUCUUAACCACAACUUGGCUAUACGUCCGUGCUAAUGUUGUACUUGUUGAAUUUGUACCUUAUAACGUUCGACAGCUGAAGUUGUUGUACAAAAAUAACAUGCGGUAUAUACUAUAUAGUCUAUAGCCUAGCUAGCUAUUUUCGAAAACCGGACAACGAGAGGAUACCAAAGGCAGCGUUAAGAUGGACACCACCGGGAAAACGUAAGCCAGGGCGGCCAAAAAACACCUGGCGAAGAACAGUUGAAGGGGAGCUGAAAGAGAUGAAGCUUACAUGGGGCGAGGCACAGAGACGAGGACAGCAGCGAGAUGAAUGGCGUCGAGUCGUCGAAGCCUUAUUUCCCAUCCGAGAAGAAGAGGAUUAAGUUAAAUGUUCAGCAUUGGCGGAGGUAAUGGGGUGAAGGAAACCAGGCGCGACUCUCGCUACGCCAGAAAAGGUGGUCCUGGUCUGAGGGGUCCAGCUGCCAGCGUAAGCGCCCCCAGUUCCCAUCAGUCUCCUGAAAGUGUGCUACAGAUGAAGAAGCUGAUGGAGCAGGAGAUGAAGAGUAACAAGUACAAAUCCAACAACAACAACAAGGGCUAUGUGUUCACGCUCAUGCCGCUCUACGCCAUUGGGGUCGGAGUUUUUGCGGCUUACAAGUUUCUGAAGAUCAAGUCUUCAGAUGAACAGGCACAAAAGGACAAAUUUGCAAAAGGGGCCAAAAAGUCUGUAGAAACAGAAAACCAGUUAAAUGAACUGGAACAAAGGCUCGCCCAAACAGAGCGAAUGCUCAAUUCUAUUCUCACCCAGUUGGACCCGCUCACAAACUGUGCAAAGAAUGUGGCCCAGGAGCAAAAGAACGAGAUCAUGUCCCAACUGCAGACCAUCCGCAGCUUGAUGAAGAAGAGAGGAAUGGACUGUCCGCCAUUAAACGAGCCCUGCUUUGAGCAGAGUUUGGACAACCUGAUUGAAACGCUGGGUGCCAGCGACACCUCGGCCGCUGAUGUCUCCAGUGUGGACACGCAGACGUCCACAGCAGUGGAGGACUCAGCUGUUGGAGGCUGUCAAACACAUCAACAAGGAGUUUUAGCAGAAGGUGAGGCUCAACAAGGAGGACUGAAAGGUGAUGUGGUGGAAGAAAAAGGAGAUGAUGAGGCAGAGGAAGUAGAAGAAACUGAUCAAGAGGAAGAAGACGGUGAGGAAGAGCAGGAAUAUGAGGAGAUAGAUUUAGUGCCUUCACCUGAGGACCCAAACACUAAGGAGACUGGAGGAGUACAACAGGUGUGCGGCCUUAGGCAACGUUCUAGAAUGAGCUAACUCCACCACUCCUGGGCUCUGUCUCAAUUGGACAACUUCAAUUAGUAUACCUUGUACAGUGUACUUAGUUCGUGAGUGUGCACAUUUUGACAGUGUAGUGCUGUCCUCAAUCCAUACACUCAUUACACACUUACAGGAAUAAUGAUUGCUAUAUUUGUUGGCCCCUCCCCUUCUGCUAGGUAGCCAAGAUGGCGACUUUUGAGGGUGUUUUAAGUGCAUCAUUCGGGCACUGACAGUGCACUGCUUUUUGCUGUACUUCUCAUAGGGAAUGUACUUAUCCACUCAAAAGUCUAAGUAUGCAAAUGCACCAGUUGAGACACAGCCCCGCCCCCUUGAUAAAUUAUAUUAAUAAUUUAAUAUUAUUCCAAAAUGUAGAUUUGUUAUGAGUUGAUCUUCUGCAAAACAGUGCAUUUUCUGACUUUAUAGGGCUGUAGUAGUAGCUGGUUGUAUGCAUACUAUUUGUUUUACCACAGUGUCUUAAAAGGGAAAUAUUCUUUGACAACACUAGGGGGAGCCCUUGUGUAAUUCCUGUCUCAUAAAGUACUGAGCCUGAGCUGCUGAUAACAGAAUAGUGUCUGAAUAUGUUGUGUGUUGUAUGUAAUAAAACAUAGGGUUUAAUGAUUUGUCCACUGCAUAUGUAUCUAUUUUUAUUUCCUUACUUGCAUAAUAUUUGUUGCAUGAUAAAAUAAUUUUUAAACCCCAAAAAUGAAUUUCUAUUUGCCAGCGCUUUUAUUGUUUGAUACUAAUCCUAAUCAACAACUUCAAUCUUGUGGAUAGUUAAUUACAUCAGAAAUACUUGACACUGAAUUUUCCUACUGCUGGACAAAAAUUACAACAUACAAUUAUUAUUAUUAUUUAAACCAUCAUUGCCCUAAUUAUAACUCAUUUAUUUUCAAGGAUCUAUUUCCCCCAUAUAAUUAACUAACACAACAAAAUAUUUGAUUAUCCUCAAUUUUUUGCUCAAUGCACAUUCAUGUGUUUUUAAAAAAAAAAAAAGGAAUAAAUGGAUGAAGAAGGCCGGUUUGACUUCAAGCUCUGAAUGUUUUGUAGUUGCGUAAUUUAUGUAGCUAUGUACUACAUGCAGAAUCAAAUUGAUAUUCAAAGUAGAAUAAGUACAAUAAUACAUUUACUGUAUGUAUUGGAUUAUUAUCGUAUAAUAAAAAGUAAAAUCAAUAUUUUUAUAUAGCACUAUUCCAUGUAAUCAAAGAUGCCCUUUUGACCCUGUGACAGACCAAUGCAGGGGUCGGCAACCCUAAAUGUUGAAAGAGCCAUAUUGGACCACAAAUACAAAAAAGUAAUCGGUCUGGAGCCGCAAAAAAUGAAAAGACUUGUAUAAUUGUUAUAAUGAUGACAACACGUGAUGCAAGUGGCUGAAAUUAGCCUACUAUCAGAUGACCAUGUGUCGCAGGUUGAAGCAAAUCUUUGUUGACAGAAAUGUUGAAAUGUAAUAUUUAUUCUACACACUUUUACAACAUUGGAAAACAUUAGUACAACUUCUCAGAGGGUGAGCUAACUCCUGGAAAUGACUGUCUUAGAAUGGCCAAAGGUGUAGAUGUGUGUGAUCCAAGUUAAAGGAAACGACAAUGGGUUUAUUACAAUCUUUGCUAGCUGGGUAAGGUUUGCUGUGGUCUGGAACAAUGUGGUGCACAAACAACUAUCAGAAAUGCAGCCAGAAUAUAUUACAUACAGAUAAUGUGUCAUGAAACAUGGAAAAAUAAACUAAAUACACAUAAGUAAAGGAAAUUAAAUGAGCUCAAAUAUAGCUACAUAUGAGGUACAACGAUGCAAUAUGUACAUACAGCUAACCUAAAUAGCGUGUUAGCAUUGAUUAGCUUGCAGUAAUGCAGUGACUAAAUAUGCAUGAUUAGCACUCAACACUUAACGAUUACAUCAACAAAGCUUACCUUUCUGCAUUCACACACAGCAUAACACGUUUGGUGGACAAGGGAGUGGCAUAAAACAUGUCUUUCUGUGGCAGCGUCGGAGAAAGUUGUACAUGUAAACAAACUGUUGAGUCACAGUCCACACAAUGGUGAGUUCAAGGGGCGCUGAAAUUAGUAGGACAAAACGGCGCUCUCCAAAUACUCUCAUCAAUGAAGCAUAAAUACAAACAUAUUAAACAGUGGGCUUUCUAAUGUGUCGUGUUUGUCCUCCUACAGAAACCAUAUUACAACAAAAAACAUAUUUUCAUCCCAUUUUUUUCUCCAUUUCCAUACAUUUUUGAAAGUGUUAAUACUUGUGUUUAUUUUAAUCUAUAUGCAGAUGCCGUUCACCAUUUUACGCUGCAAGACAAAUAAAGUCACUUUGAAUCUUGAAGCAUGUUCCCUGGGGUCACAUGUGUACACACUUAUUUACUCAUUUAUUUACUGACUGUUCUGUUAUAAACAGAGAACAAAUGAAUGGAAUAAAACUGCUAUGAUACGAAAAGGGCAGUGGUGUGACGUCAGGGCCAGCAAGGCCUUCUCUGCUGGCCUAACAUAACCAGAAAUCAUGAUCAUAAUUAAAGAUAAAAGUAAUUUUGAAUUUACUUUCCCUAAAUAUCUAAAAUCAGAAUCAGAAUCAGAAAUACUUCAUAAAUCCCUGAGGGGAAAUUAAAUUUUUUAGCACAAUCCCAUUCAAGAUCAGACAAAGGGGGGCCAGACUGAGGCCAAGGGAAAAAACAACUCAUAGCCAUAGCACACCAUCCAUCCAUCCAUCUUCUUCCGCUUAUCCGAGGUCGGGUCGCGGGGGCAGCAGCCUAAGCAGGGAAACACAGACUUCCCUCUCCCCAGCCACUUCGUCCAGCUCUUCCCGGGGGAUCCCGAGGCGUUCCCAGGCCAGCCGGGAGACAUAGUCUUCCCAACGUGUACCGAGUCUUCCCCGUGGCCUCCUACCGGUUGGACGUGCCCUAAACACCUCCCUAGGGAGGCGUUCGGGUGGCAUCCUGACCAGAUGCC